AUGACUCAACCACAAUCCAAUCUAAAAAAUUUGUCAGAAGGCAGCGAAGAAUCUCUCCGUGCCCUCAUCCAAGCUAUCAUCCCAGAAGCUGCCGAUGCCUCAUCGAAUAGAAAACUUGGCCCAGAUGCUAUUGAAAAGCUCACUCAAAAGCUUACUGAACUAAUGGGACCUGAAGCUGCUGAGGCUUUCCAGCAAGGCCGUAAUGAGCGCGGUGAAAUGUUAAAUGAAGAGGGGCUACCUAUCAUCGAAAUAACUGAGCCUGAUGAUGCAACUUCGAUAUCCAUGGCCUCGCCUGCUACCGUCGAGCCCUUGGUCCCUUUGGCAUCACUUUCGCCACUUGAUCGAGAAAGGAUGCGAAAAAAGCGGGAUCGAAUUCUAGACCUUUUGGAAGAAGAAGAAAGGCAGAUUGAACUUCGUGAACAAGAACGACGAAAUCAAGAAAAUGAUGAAGCCCUACAGAAGCGCACAGAAGAUACUGCGAAACAAAAGGAAAAGUUAAAAGAGGCAAAAGAGUUACAGAAAAAGAUGGGCCGCGCCUUGUUAAAAAAUAUAGGCAGGGCUAAAGAAGUCGAAGAGCAAGAGAGGGAAGCCCAGCGUCUCAAAGAUGAGCAAGCGGAUUUACAACGCAAGUCUCCGUCUGGGAAGAAAAAAACAGUCGCAUUUGUCGAAAAUCCAGAGAGUAUGCAAAAGUCAGAGGGAAACGAGGUGAUCGCUAGUUCUAACUGGGGAGACGUCACUCCAGCAAGGCUUCAAAAUACCAAGCGAGCGACAUUAGCAUCUCAGUCUCUUCUCGACAUGCACCCUAUGAAAAUGUCUGUUGUCGAACGCCUCCCGGGGGGGCAAGGUACUUUGCCAAAAUCUCCUUUACCAUUACAGAAUAUGGUUGACUCGGACGACGAAUCCGACGAGGGAAGUAACACCGAAUCGUCAGAAGAUUAUGAUGAGAUGAUCGAUGUCAAUCCCAUCUUAGAGACUGACGAAUUCGAAUUCGACUUUGCUCAGCAACAACGCGAGAUUGCCCUGGAAUAUUAUAAUAAACGGAACACCAUUGGUCAAGCAACGGCCGCUGCAAUAAUGAAUCAUUCUCAUGAAUUAGAUGUCCAUAGGGAAGCAACCACAGAACCUGUUCGGGAGGGCCAGAAACCCGUCAUGUCUCAGUUUAGAGCACAAAAACUCGCUUCUGCAUAUGGAGCUUCUGCCGCACUAGAAUCGGAAUCAGUCUCGUUAGGUGAAUCUGUAUUACCAGCAUCCUCGACACGUACAAUCCAACGUGCCAUCAAGACAGGCAAACUGGAUUUAGACGGCAAACUCGUUGGCGCAGAAGCAGACAGUGAAAGUGACGAGGAAGACCAUGCAAUGCGAGAAGUCCUCGAACUCUUGAAAAAGGGCGAGGUAUAUAACCUAGGUCCAAAUGGCGAAUACCUUCAUACAGUUCAUCCAAAUCAAAUACCUCAGACGCAUAACAUGACCGUCCAACCAUCUUCUGGUGCCCAAGGAACACCUCAGCGGUGGGGUAAUAUGCCGCCACCUCCACCACUCAAAAAGCCCACAGUAUCGAAAUUUAAAGCAUCGCUUGCAGCGUCAGGCCGGCCAGGUUCCAAACAUACCUCAAACUCGAGUACAUCUUUAUCCAACAUCUCUUCGCCCUCUGUUACUCCUGUGUUCCAUGAUGAAAGGUCCUCCCCCAAACUCGAUUUAGAAUCUCGGAAAUUUGUGAAAGACUAUAUGAAGGCAGAUACGCGAACCACUGACACAGGUUUGGCUUCAAAGGUUCCCAAUUCGUCAAAUUUCUCUAUGAUUGUAGAAUCUCCGUCAUUUCCAAAGCCUCGAGAAGGGAUGUCGUCAACUAGUUCACUGUCUUAUCAUUUACCGGCAGAGACAUCUAGGCGGCCGGAAAGACCGCCCGCUGUCAUAUCAACUGUGCGCGAGUCGACUCCACAACCAACCGCCUCAGCGCAUGCACCGCCUGUAGAUGAAACCAAACCCGGCAAAAAAAUUUCGAAAUUCAAAGCAGAAAGAAUGUAA